UUUAGUCAACACAACGCAGUUUAUAUAUAUAUAUACGUAGUAGGUAUAACUUGAUAAUGUUAAGAGCGAAAAGGCCGAUAACAUUUUGUGCGAAUGAAGUGAAAAAGGUCGUAAUUGAUACUGGUGAAUUCAUGUCAUUGUGAUGUGUGGCUAUUCAAUGUGUAGUACAUGAAUUACUCUUAUACUAAAUGAUAAUAAAGUAUCUAUAAAAAGCAAAAAUACCGAACAUACGUUCAUGCUCAACAACAUUAAUUGAAUGGUGAAUGCUGCAGAAGUGCUAGACAUCUGAUUGCAUGUGUAUUGUGUUAUUAUAAUAGUCGUUACUAUGCAUAUCGUAACCUUUGUGUAGACUUUUUAGCUUUUCAGUUCAUCAAGCAAAAUUAAUUUCAAAAUGUUUGCCGACUUUGUUCGUGUACAAUAAUACAUUGCCGAAGCUUUUCAGCAUAUGAGAGGAAUAUUGUAUUUUUUGAGUGAAAACUUUUUGACACAUCAAAGAUAAACUGUAUGUACGGCUUAUGCGGAGUCAAAAUAACAAAAGUGUUUGUUUAUACCUAUACCUCCAUACACAACUCUCGACAGUUUUCGUUUAUCUAAGAAAUUAUAUUUUCCUCUACCCAUAACGACGGCGAAACAGUUAAUAACAAGAGCUAUGCAUGCAUAGUUUGGUGCAAGUGAAAUAAAUGUUUUUUGUACAUCUCUCAAACUCGACAAAUUAACAAUUUUCGAAAGUUAAAACGUGAAACAAAUAAUAUUUUGUGUUUGUGCAAAAGGCUAAAUUUGUUUAGUGAACGAAACAAAAGUUUGGCGUAUUAUACGAAAAGUUCAUUAGAACGCGGUGCAACAAACAAGAGGAAAAAAAAUUCGCAGAGAGAAACAAUGACGUCUGAAGUCAUAAAUGAGGAAAUUCCAAUUUUGGAAGAUAAAAAUAUUUUUCCCGACUUACCACACGGCCCAUUGACGGUCUACCGGAAAAAAGCGUCAUUCGAUUACAAAAAACUGGCACUCAUUCUCGAACCAGAAGAUGCUCAUCGACUUAGGCACAAAGUAUGGAAAUAUCUCGAAAAUCAUCCGGAAUUUACCAAAUCAAACAAAGCUCAGACACUCGACGAAAUGAGACACAUAGCAACACGUCGACAAAAUGUCUCGUUUGCCGAAAAUCCUUUUACAGCAUUCGAUUUCAUCCAAAAUCCUCAUUUAUCUCUGAUUUAUCUUCAAUGCAACUUGGCAUACGAUCCGAAUUUUCACAUAAAAGCUGGUCUUGGGUACAGCAUGUUUACGUACGUUAUUCGGGCAAAUGGUACGGAGAGACUGCAAAAGUAUGUGGACGCAUGCGAGCGAAUGGAAAUCUUCGGCUCUUUUGCGUUGACUGAGAUUUCGCACGGCACAAAUUCAAUGGGUAUGAGGACAACAGCAACGUAUGAUCCGAAUACAGAAGAAUUCAUUUUGCAUACGCCUGAUUUCGAAGCAGCUAAAUGCUGGGUUGGUAAUCUAGGCAAAACAUGUACUCAUAGUAUCGUUUAUGCUCAACUGUACACGCACGACGGUACACACCACGGACUGAAUGCUUUUGUCGUACCAAUUAGAUGCGCAAAAACCUUAAACGCUUUCCCAGGAGUGCUGGUGGGUGACUUAGGAGAGAAAAUAGGACUGAAUGGAGUAGACAAUGGAUUCGUAAUCUUCAACCAAUACCGAAUACCCCGCGAAAAUCUACUGGCUAAAAAUGGAGACGUUACACCUGAAGGAAAAUUCGUGUCGAAAAUCAAAGAUCAACGGAAACGUAUGGGUGCUUCGUUUGGAGCUCUGUCCAACGGGCGAGUAAACAUUUGCGGAAUGGUUUCGACCUACUUGGUGAAGGCAGUAACAAUUGCUGUUAGAUAUUCAGCGAGUCGAAAACAAUUCGGUCCUCCGGAUAGCACUGAAGAAUACUCCGUUCUGGAAUAUCAAUCCCAACAAUACCGAGUGCUGCCCCAUUUGGCCAUGGCAAUUGUAUUCAAAGUGUUCACGCAAUGGUUGUCUACGAACUUGAACAAAACUGUGAUUAACCAGUUGAUGGGAGAAGGAAAUUUAAAUGAAAUCGGAAUGGAAAUUCAUGCGCUAUCGUCGGCGACGAAACCGUAUUGCACUUGGGCUGUUCAGAGCGCUAUUCAGGACUGUAGGGAGGCUUGUGGUGGUCAUGGCUAUCUGAAGGUGGCUGGUCUCGGCGAAUUGCGUAACAACAAUGACGCCAGUUGCUCGUACGAAGGCGAGAACAAUGUUCUGAUUCAACAAACAUCGAAUUGGUUGCUGAGUGUACGCAAAACUGGCUAUCAAUCGUUUCGACGUGUUUCACCACUCGGCUCUGCCGAAUUUCUAUCCAAUUUCGAUCAAGUAAUCAACAGCAAAUUUACAUUUAAGACCAGUGAGGAGGCCCUACGACCCGAAAACAUUCAAAUCGCACUCAACUGGUUGUGCGCCUGGCUGUUGGAAGAAACAGCAAAACGUUCAGAUAGUUUACAGACUGCCGGCAAAUCAUCCUUUGAGACGAGAAACGAGAGACAGGUGUUCUAUGCAAAAACGCUUUCCGUUGUAUUUGCUCAGAGAACCAUUUUCAACGUCUUUCAUAAACAUAUUUUGGAUUUGGAGUACAGCAACGAACGGGCAGUUUUAACAUCAGUUUUGACACUUUACGGUGGCAAUUUAUUAAUUGGAUAUUUGGGAAUGCUUUACGAGGGCGAUUUCAUCAGCGGAUCAUUACCAGCUACACUUUACAAACAUGGCAUUUUGGACGUUUUAUCUACGCUGAAAGACGAUGCAGUUAGUUUGGUUGAUAGCAUAGCACCUACAGAUUUCAUUAUCGAUUCACCGCUGGGUAUGAGCGAUGGCAUGGCAUAUCGGCAUUUGGAGUCGACAUUAAUGCAAAGUCCGGACGUUUUUCAACGGCCACAUUGGUGGAAGGAUAUGAUACAUUGGGAAAGUUAUGUUAAAGCGAAACUUUAAUAAUUUUCGAAUUUCAUAACUUUUGGCUUUGUGCCGUAAAUGGGGUUCGGUGAUGAUAAUUACACGUAUCGGAUGUAUGAUGCAUGUAUCUAUACAUAGAUAAGAGUAUUGUAUAAGGUAAAAGGUGUCGUUGGUAUAUAUAUUUCUAAUGAGGGUUUUCUGCUGACAUGGUCAUAAUGUUAAUGGUUUCAUUUGUGAUAUGUGUGUGGAAGUUAUUUGGAUAUUAAAGGGAAGUUUUUUUUCGGGGGGACGAAAAGUCCAACUCAAGCAAUAAA